AUGUCCUACCCAAAUAAAACGGCGCCAGCAGAGAUCGUUGCCGCUGCAGUGGAGGACGGCAAGAAACACCUACUGCUAGCCGCAAGCGGGUCCGUCGCGACGAUUAAACUAGUCCAUAUCAUCAAGGCCUUGGCCAAACACCCAAAUCUAUCUAUCAGAGUGAUUUUGACGAGCUCCGCGGCGAACUUUUUGAACGGAACAUCUCAAGAGCAACCGUCUAUUGAGUCACUAGCCUCACUUCCUAGUGUCGAUGGUGUUUAUCAGGACCAAGACGAAUUGAGAGAAUCUUGGACCCGCGGUGCUGGGAUUUUACAUAUCAACUUACGCAAAUGGGCGCAUAUUCUCGUCAUCGCGCCACUCAGUGCGAAUACAAUGGCGAAAAUAGUCAACGGGAUGUCUGAUAAUCUCCUUACAGAUACUGUCCGCGCGUGGGACACGACUGGCUUGGAGGGUAUGGAGAAGCGUAUCGUCGCAUUCCCGGCCAUGAAUGUCGCGAUGUGGGUGCAUCCUGUUACCGCCCAACAAUUACGCGUUCUACGGCAAGAUUGGGGGGUCAAGCUCGAUCAACAAGGAAAGAAGACUGGUGAUGGCUGGUUUGAGGUCUUUGAGCCGAUCGAUAAGAGACUUGCCUGUGGAGACCUUGGUAUCGGGGGCAUGCGAGAAUGGACCGAGAUUGUGUCAAUUAUAGAGGCGAGGCUGGACCUCGCUACCCACGGUUCAUCUUGA